CUUCCCUAGGUCGAAUCAACUCCACGGAUUCUUCAGCCAGCUGGGACUCCCCUCUCCGCCAGCCGCUCAUUGCCGCGGGACUGGCAGCGGCAUUGCUGGCCUCCGCCCCCCGUGCUCUGGCAGUAGCCGCUAUAGCUGCGGCUGAUGGCGCAGCGGCUGGUUCCGCCGCAUCAGCAGCGGCGCAGGCGUGCGGGGAGCUGCUGGGCGGGGCGGACUUCAACACUGUGGUGGCCGUGACGUGCGCGCUCGAGUUCAUUGCGCUCACUGGCGCUGCUGUGGGAGGGUACAUGGCAUUGCAGCAGGGGGCGGAGAUGGAACGCAUCAACAAGCAGUUGAGGCAGAUCAACAUGAGCCUCAAGAGGCAAGCCCGCUUGGACGCUCCCUCCCUCACCUACUCCGCGCCUCCUCCUAGCGCUGCCUUGCCUGCUGCCGGCGCCAGCAGCAUGGCAGAGGCAGCAGCAGUUCCCGCUGCUGAAGCACCUGCAGAUGCAGCUAGGGCAACGGCUAUGAGUCAAACGGCUCAAGCUGCGAGCGAUGAGAGGGCAGAGCUGCUCCGCAUUCUGAAAGAGGGCAAGAAGCACCUGCGGGAUGGGCACCCGGGGUCGGCAUUUGUGGAGUUCCAUGUGGCUCUGAGCAAGGCAAAGGAGCUGGGAGAUGCGCUUGAAGAGAAGAAAGCUGCCAGAGGACUUGUGUGCGUCUGCGAGUCCUUCCGUCGUCCCUCGCCUGCACCCACGUCCCCGUCUUCCCCCUCCCCUCCACACCCCCGUCUCACCGGUUCAGUGGCGAAUAUCUACGACGACAACGCGUCGAACGCGUCGUUCGCAAACGACCUGCGGCGCUUCUCGUAUCGCGAGCUGCAGGCGGCCACGGGGCGGUUCCGGCGCGGCAACCUGCUGGGCGAGGGCAGCUUCGGCAAGGUGUACCGCGGCUCCGUGCCGGACUGGCUCGGCGAGCUGCCGCGUGGACAGAAGCGCAAAGUGGCGAUCAAAGUGCUCGAUGCUGAUAGCUUUCAGGGCUUCGGCGAGUGGAUGGUGGGCAAUGGGGAUGGAUGGUGGGUCACUGGGUUAGAGGUGCUGCUGCUGGGGCGGCUGAGCCACCCCAACCUGGUGCGCCUGCUGGGCUACAGCACGGACAGGGAGGAGGCCAUCCUCGUUUAUGAGCUCCUCAGUAACGGCAGCCUUGACGCCUGGCUCUUCUCAGACGACUCCAGCAGCAGUCGUGUGCGGCGGGUGCUGACGUGGGAGGAGCGCGUGCGCAUUGCAGUGGAUGCGACCAUGGGGCUGGCGCACCUGCACGCGGAGAACAUCAUUCACCGCGACUUCAAGUCCUGCAACAUCCUCCUCGACCACAGCAUGCGGGCGAAGCUGACGGACUUUGGCAUGGCGACGGUGGGGCCGGAGGCGGGGCAGACGCACAUAUCCACACGCGUGCUGGGCACCAUGGGGUACCUCGACCCUAAGUACCUUGAGACAGGCCACCUGACCCCCAAGAGUGACAUCUACGCGCUGGGGGUCGUCUACCUGGAACUCCUCACUGGCCGCUCGCCCUCAAGCGACGAAGACCAGGAUGCCAACGGAGAGGGCGGCUUGACAGCCUGGAUUCGGCCACACAUCUCGGUGCGCCGCCCGGAUCUAGACAUCAUCCUGGAUCCACGUUUGAAGGGCCAAUUCUCCCGCAUUGCCGCGCAGAAGCUUCUUGUUCUGGCCAAGCACUGCAUCAGUGAGGACCCAGUGGCACGGCCGCAGAUUCAGGACCUGGUGAAGUCGAUGCAACACAUCGUUGCCAUCGGGCAUUCUAGAUCACACUCCAGUGGGUCGACCAUGUCAGGUCACAGCAGAUCAGCCUCCCUUGUCUCCGCCACAUCGGGAGGCCACAGCCGAUCCGCCUCUGCCUCUUCAGCUUCCGCUAAUGAGGCCGCAGUGAGCAGCAUUGCAGACAGGAACGGUGGUAGAGACGCCAGCGGCCGGCGGAGUGGGGAAGGGCGGAACUCCUGGCGCUCGUCGUCAUGCAGAGAUGCCGGGGGAGGAAGUGACAGAGGCGCAGAGAAUGGGAUUGAUGACGGGUCAUAUGUUAAUGCUGGCAAGGCGGUGUUUCAAGAUGCUGCUCCAAGGUGA